AUGUCAGCUACAUCGGAAUAUGAAUCUGUGGCCCGCCAAAGUUACGGGCCGACCGCCUCCAGUGAAAGCAUCUUUGAUCAUAUUUUGGAAUCAAAAGUAAUUAAUAAUAUGGAUAUACAAAGCAUUCGAACACCUGUUUUAAGGGCUGUUCCCUUAUCUAGUAAUGAUGAUGAUCCAGAACCAGAUUCUACUAACCAUGAUAGUAUUAUCAAGUCCGCUCGUAAAGAAGAACGAGAAAUUGAAUUUCAUAAAAGUGAUAAAGUAUGUGAAGGAGAGAUGUCAGUAGAUUCCCUUCCUAGAAUUGUAAGAAUUGAAGAGACAAAUAUUGAAAAUGUGGGACAUAUUACAUAUCCCAUAUUACAUGAUGAUGAUAAUGGCAAUGUUAAUUAUGUAGAGAACACUGCAACAUUUAUUCAGGCACCGCUUAAUAGUGCUAUUGUUCAAAAUGUUACAAAAUUGUCUCAAAACUUUACAAUCAAUGUUGAUGCGGCAGUCAGCAAUAUAACUGCUCUACAGAAUGUCUCCCAAGAUUGUAACCAAACAUUGUGGCUGCCUACAAUUUUAGCAACUAGUGCCCAAACAGAUAACAAAACUGAUGGUGAUAGGUCACCAGGGUUAUCACAGAUUAUCAUUACAAGUGAAAGUUAUGUUGCUGAACCUAACCCACGAAGGGCAAACAUAAUUGAGGCAAACUACACAAAUCGCCCCAAAAACUCCAAAGUGCAGAUUUUGAGCAAUAUAUCAAUACCUAAAAAUGCAAAUUAUUCUCCACAGUAUAUAGCACAGACCAAGGAUAUUGCAACACCUGUCUUUGGGGCACAAAAUCAUGUAUAUAAGCUAAGCACUAAUGUUGUAUCACAGAAACAUUUAAAUAAUUCUGUACUUUGCACCAAACCAGCUAAAACUCAGUCACUCAUUGGUGGAGCGACUCUGUCACCUACAAUAGUGAAUACCAGUCCUGUAAAAAAUGUUUCAUAUGGACACACAUUGACCAAAAGUUUGGGCAAAGUUAAUAAUGGUGCUAAUCUUAACACUAUAGUUGCUGCAACACCUAAUAGUAUGCAAUGUCACAUUUUGUCUCGAGUUGUUUCAGGGCCUAAUAAAGUGUCAGUACACUCUGGAAAGAAAUCUGUCAAUACAGUUCGAGGCAAAAAUAACCAAAUUCAGAAGAAUCAAUCUAGACCAAUUAAAAUUAUACAGCAGGCUGGAACUGCUAAUAAAACGGAGAGUAAGACCUGGCCUGUGGCCAGUGUGACCUACAAACCAGCAUCAAAUUUUGUUGAAACAAAUACUUCAAAGGUCAUUCAGAAAGUUGGAAGCCCAAAAAAUCAACAGCCAUUAAAGGUGCAAAAAACUGAGCGUGUAGUUCUACAAUCUCCAUGUGGACCAGUGUUAUUAACUACAGCACCCCUGGCUACUAGUUUGCCUAAAGGGCCGCAUUAUGUUCAGUCUGGGGCUACACCUAAUCUUCGAUAUGUUCAAACAUAUGGACAGGAUAAUCAACUAUCUACCAUAUCGCAAGUCUCUGCUAAUCAACAAUUGACUGCACAGAUCUUGCAGUCUUUGUCUCAACCUAAGCUGAUGCUACAGAGUCCAAUACCAAUUAAAAAGAAUAAUAUUCUUUCAUCACCACAACCUACAGAAGACCUUGCUGAAAUAAAACCAGUAAAUCAGAAAAGAAUAGUUUUUGGGGAUAAAUCAACUUUACUCACGGCAGAUGAUAUUAUUGGUACUGAAGAGAGACCUAACUUGGCUGAAGAACUGCGUAGAUACUCGCAUCAAUCAUUGGCAUUUGUUAUGCUGGACCAUACCUAUGCCUUGCCGGUUGAAAAGCAACCUGUUGUCUCCUCACCAACAAGUAUUUCUAUAACAAAUGUUUCUUCAAAUGCCACAGCCAGUGUAACAACACCGCAAGCUAUUAUAAGCCCUAUAAUAAUGACAUCAGCGACACCAAUAAGUCCUUUAAAAACUUCAUUACCCGUUACUACCACAUCAUUCGAUCUCGCGCUCGCCACUGUUAUACCGACCGCUCCAAUAACAGUUCCACAACCAGCGCAAACUUUACCAUUAAACACUAUGACUUAUAAACCACAAACUCAGGAAGAGGAUGCUGCCUCUGUAAUUUCAUCAAUUGAAGGUGAAAGGAGACCUCCUGAACAAGGUGGAAGUGACACUGAGACUGCUCCUGAAGGAGAAGAAGAAGGAAAGACUAGAUGUAUAUGUGACUUCACACAUGACGAUGGAUAUAUGAUAUGUUGCGACCGAUGUGGAGAAUGGCAGCAUGUCGACUGCAUGGGAAUUGACAGAAACAAUAUACCUGAUGCCUAUAUGUGUGAACUUUGCCAGCCUCGUGCUAUAGAUCGUCGUCACGCUCGUGCCAUACAAUUAAGAAAACGGGAAGAACUGAGUGCCUUGGGAGCAUCCGAUUCUGACACGCCAGAAUAUACAAAACUUCCAGGACAAAGGCGCAAGAGAUUAUUGACAGUUACAACGUAUACAAACACUAGUGGCAGUUGUGUUACUACAUAUAAUUCGAAUAUACCUGUGUUACCACCUUUACCUCAGCCAUCGUUACCUCCUAUGCCACCUAAAAGAGGACCGAACAAGCGACCGAAAAAGGAAAUGGUGAGAAAGGUCACAAAGAGGAAACUGACUGAAAAACGUGUAAAACGUAAGAAAGAAUUAAUGCUUAGCAGAAAUAAAUACAAUUCAACUGUACCCAACAACCAAUCUCAUUGGCGAGAUCUAUAUGAAGUGGCUAUGACUAAUCAUUACAGUCCCGAAUUGCGAGCAAAAAUAAUGAAAUACAGCAGUAAACUGGGAAACACAUCAAAUAUGGCUUCUGCAAUUACGGCUCAUUUAUGUACAACUGUUCCACAUGCGGGUGGAAAAAUAUUGAUAGCCACUAAGGACCUUAAAGAGAACACUCCAAUAAUCGAACUUAGGGGCAAAUAUAUGUUAUCAAAUCAACAUAGACCCCAAAUACAAAAUUCGGCGCGUGCGAGUAGUCAGAAACCAGGCCCAUUUGUUUUCUUUUACAGACUUCCAAAGGAUAACACACAGAUUUGUAUAGACACUAGAACAUACGGAAAUGAAGCGAGAUUUGUUCGCCGGUCUUGCAAGCCCAAUGCAGAACUACAACAUUGUAUUGUAAAAGGAGCUUUACAUGUGUAUUUGGCCACCAUUAGUGUAAUUCAAUCAAAUACUGAAAUAACUGUUGGCCAUGACUCUGAUAGUAGUAAGCAGCCAUGUGCUUGUGGCAAUCCUAAACACUGCAAAGUGAAUGUCUUAAGUCCUAAUUCAGUGCCCCCUCGGAAGAGUUUCGACCUCCCUCCAAGAGAAAAACGUAGUCGCAAUAGGUGCUACAGUUCAUCGUCACCAUUAUCUCCUCCAUUGUCAUCAAUAUUGAACACACCUACUAAGGAUAUUCCUCUGCCAUUAAAACCAGAGUCACCAAUAAUAAAGCAAGAAAAGAAGUCUCCUAUUAAGCAUGAAUUACCACCUAUGUCUCCUGUGAAAGAACCUAUUCUUUCACCUGAGUAUUUUGAAUGUAGUAAACUAGAUUUGUCUGUUAAAAAAGAAGAGUUCCAAGAAAUCGAUUUGACUGCCAAAGAAGAAAUGAAGUCAGAUUUGGAUGAACCAGAUUUUUGUAAAGUUGAGCCAACAAAUGAAGAUAAGCCUAUAACCACACAUAUAACUGAAACACCUAAAAAGUCAGAUGAAGUUGAGCCGGGGUAUGAGGAUAAGAAACCAGUGUUCGAAAUCUUGGAAGCUAAACAAGAAAACAAAUUGCCCUCUUUCUUUGCAAAAAUGGAAGAACUCAAUGAGUUAAAAAUUGAACAGCCUAAAGUAGAGGAGCUUGAAGAGCCCACUAUUGAACCACCCAAAGUGGAACUUCCACCAACACCGGAGCCGGAACCAGUGAAAAUAGAAGAAAAACCAAAACUGGAAAUUAAAACAGAAGGCGAAAAUAAAUUAACUAAAGAAGUGACUCCUAAGUCAGCUUGUCAUGACAGGUCUUCAAGGUCAAGUCGGACAACAUGUGUUAACCAAGAUUCACUUGAUGAUAAAACAGAUGAUUCACAAGAUAAAAUGCCGAAUCCAACUGGCAAAGAAAAAAGGAAAAUGACUCGUGAAGAACGUAAAAUGGAGGCAAUAAUGAAAGCUUUUGAAAGAAUGGAAAGGGCAGAGCAGAGAAAACAAGAAGUAAAAGAAAGACAAAAGAGAAGAGAGUCUGAUCCACAUCCACACAACUUUGUUGAUAAGGAGGAUGAUGAUGAUACUCAUAAUAAUAGUUUUAAGAAGCGAAAACGUCGCAAGGGCCGCGCUCGCACUACAUCACAAUCGAAUCGUAGAAGAUUAAAUUCAGCGGACAGUGAUCUUGUUACGUCUGGAGACGAAGCUCAACCGUUUUCUCCACCUCACGAACCAUCUAGAAAUGAAUCUGCAACAAAUGUUUAUGAAGACAAGACACCAGAACUGGUGCCAGAUAAUCUCGGAUUAAGUUCAGCAUGUCUUCUAGUUGAAGCUGCGGUAGGUUCAGUAGAAUCUGCUUUUAAACAACCAAAAACUAAGAAAACUAUGGCUAAUGAGUGGAUCGGUCGCUCACCAGAAAGAACUCCAUCCCCAUACAAUUCACCAUAUAGGCCUUCUUUAGUUGCUGCUACUUCUUUAGAAAGUUUAGUACAGGUCGCAUCGACAAUAAUCGGUGACCUUAGUGGAAACCAAGAUUAUCAUGAAGAAGAACAUGUCCCAUCACCACCUACAACACCUGGCAGAGAUAGAAAUAAGCCUCCAAAAAAAGCUAAGAGAGUCACAAGAAGUACACCAGCAGUAGAGACCACCGAAUUACCUAUGAACCACAGCGCUAAGAAAAGAUGGUUAAGGCAAGCUAUAAGUGAAGAAAGUGACUCCCCGUGUGCAGACACAUUUGUUUCAGAAUCUCCGCCUAAUGAAAUGGUAACCCCAUUAAAGAAACGAAGAAUGGCUAGAGAAUCAUUAUCAUGUGACCAAAACCCUCAUGAUACUUGUAAUGAUGAGGUAUUAACUUCCGAAGAUUCACCGGUAAAAGAAGACUCGCUGGCGUUAGCUCGUCAAUAUAAGAGGAAUAUAAUGGAUAUGUACGCUAGAGAUAGAACAAGGUCAGAUAGUGGGCAAGGAUCUGAUGAUCAGUGCAAUAUCGACCACGACGUUCUUAAUGUUAAUCUAAGGGGACCGCAUAAUACUGAACAUAUAAGAAGAAUAAUUGGGGUUCCAGAUGAUAUACCAGAAGUACCUAAAGUAAACAUCCCCAUAUACAACAAUAACAACUUAGAACUUGAAGAUACCAACAACAAGGUUGUACCAAUGGAGAUUGAUACUACAGUUAUAACCCAGUCAAAAAUAGAGUCUAAUGAAAUACACACAGAGAUCAAAGGCAUUGAGAGCCCAAGUGAGAAAAUACAGAGUUCACAAUCUGCAGACACAAGUGGCAACUCUUCGCCGCAACGCGACGAAAUGGAUGACAUUCAGAAGAAAAUACAUUCAUUUCACACAGAAAACAUACAAAUACUAAAGAGCAGGAAUAAAAAACCUCCAAAGGAGAAACGGAAGAAGGUCAAUUUAAAUUUCGAUCUUAACAUGGUCGACGAUCAAAUAAGUAUACAACUCCGUACUGACGAUAGCAGCAAAGCUGAUAUUAACGGUGAUAUACACGAUGACACCAAUUCACACGAGGACAUGAAAAUGCUCGUAUCACCGGAAAAUAUACCUCUACCUCCAGUCGAAUCUAUACCGCUGCCCGCGCCCGAAACAAUACCUUUGCCAGAAGAGACAGAUCCUAUGCCGAUUGUACCUCCCCCGGAAACUAUACCACUACCAGAAGAACCGAUGAAUCCGACCACUCCACUACAAACCUGUCCGGAGUCGCCUACGAAACCAUCAGAACAGGACGCAGAACAACCGUCUGUUCUAGAAUCCACUGUGCCCUUUUCUACGCGUUUCAGUUCUACUGGCUUGUUCUCGGGCAUUUUUAGCAAUAUGUCUCACUCGUUCAAGGUCGACUCGCCCAUCAAUGAAAAUAUACCAAAUAUGUCAUUAAUAAAAAGUGCAAUAGAUAGGACUACAAGUUUAGACUCUAGUAUAUUCGAUAAGGAUAGUAUUACGCCCGUGGACGAACUGAAAAGUGUCCAGGAAAUAUUGACGCGAGUGAAUAAUAUGGACUCAAAUAACAGUGUGUUGUUGUCGGGGGUUCUGAAGAGUUCGAAUAAGGAGAGUUUGUUGGGUGAGCCUGCGCCGGCGGUGUCCCCUGCGCGCCCCAACAAGCCCUACUGUCCGCGCACCAACGACCCCCGUCUCAAUCCUCCGCCAGUAGACAAACCUAAACCAGUCAGAAGAAAGCUCUCUAUAACCGAGUACCGUAAACGGCACAAAGGCGCUACCACAUCAGACGACACCCCAAGUGCAGAGGGUGGCGAGGGUUGCCCAGGGCCGGAGUGGUCUUCCGGUUCCACCAACUCCUCGGGGUCGGCUUCGCUGUCUCCGCAGCGGCUGGAGGCUGCGGCGGCGGCCGCGACUGAUGAACUAGAGCAGCGUCUACAAAAGGAUCUCUCCUCUCACAUGCCUAAAGGUGUCUUCGAUGCACAGCCUACAGCGUCAGAACGCCAACGCGAGAACCUCAGCUCGAGGCUCCGAAGGGAGUUUGGGCUGGCUCUGCCUGAUGAUGAGGAGGCGCGGUCUGCCACUGACGCAUCAGAUAUCGUGGAGGGCGCAAAGCGAUGCGAGAGGUAG